AUGCCUGCAAUCGAUUUUGAAAGUCAAUCCAUGCCUAGUGGUCAUGAAUUCCAUCGACCUCUAUUCCAAGUAUCUCGAGAUUUCCCGAAGGACCCUUCAAUGCUCAAGACACUUCCUAAUCUAAUAGAUUUCAACGCCGAACACAAUCCAGACCAUCUCUUCGCUCUUCAAGAGGUACGAAUUGGAGGGAAACAGUUACAUCUAGUAAGAAUCAAUUUCCGUGACUUGAAAUCUGCGACAAUUGGCUGUUCCCUUUUUCUCCGGAAAUCACUUUUUGGAGCCCAAAAACACUAUGACGGUGCAGAUAAUGAGCACCGGUCUUCAAAGAAACCAGUAGCGUUGUUCCUUGAGAGCGAUGUGACACUCUUUGUCUAUCUCGCUGCUCUAUUAUACCUUGAUAUUCCUGUCUUAAUGCUAUCAAUUCGAUUAAGUCCCGUCGCCAUCGCCCAUCUUUUGAACGUUUGUUCUGCACAAGCCAUCAUUGUGUCGAAAAGAACUCAAAGUGCCGCCGAACAAGCAUUAAAUGGCACAUCAAUGGAGCAGCAAGAGGCCACCAUUCAACGGAUUCCUUCAAUUCCAUAUGAAAACUUACUAGACCUGGGCAAGGCUGAAAGUAAUGAAGUCGUUGAAACCCCGAACCCUUCUUCCGAUGAGAUAGGAGCUUUGAUUCUUCAUUCAUCUGGGACUACUGGGCUGCCCAAACCGAUCUCCUUGGUACAUCGAUACUUACUCGGUUAUGCGGCUUGUCAUCGUUUAGAACCUGAGGAAUGUAACAAUCACGUAAACGUUUCCACUUUGCCAAUGUAUCACGGUUUUGGUCUUCUUGCCCCGUGCCUCAGUCUUUCAACGGGCAAGGCCUGCUGUUUCCUUUCGGGAAGCACCAUCCCUUCUGCGUCGUCUGUCGUUGAACUAAUCAAUCGGUCCGGUGCAUUUUCGCUAAUGACUGUGCCAACUAUACUUGAAGAAAUGAUUUCGAGUGAAAAUUACUGGAAGUCACUGAUCGGACUAGACUUUGUCGCCGUCGGUGGUGGGGCCAUCAAGUCUUCGAUUGGGGAGCAGUUGGUCUCCAAUGGCGUGAAGCUCCUGAACCAUUACGGUGCUACCGAGAUUGGUGCUAUAGCUCCUAUUUUCUGUCCUGGAAAAGACUACGAUUGGCAUUAUCUCCGUCUGCGAACGGAUAUGGGACUUGAGGUCAAUGAGGUCGAACAGAAGGGUAAAAAUGGCGAGACACUGUAUCAACUUACUGGCUUCCCCUUUGGAUGGGGCAAACCAUUCCCAGUUCAGGAUAUUCUAGAGCUUCGUCCCAAUUCUAAGCAUACUGAGGUCAAGGUUUUGGGAAGAGGGGAUGAUCUUAUUGUUCUUUCCACGGGCGAAAAGGUUCGCCCUCAGCGGCUCGAGGAAGCGCUCUUAUCCACGGGUCUUGUCAAAGUAGCUGUUGUCUUUGGAGAACAUCGCCCUGAAGUUGGUGUUAUUGUGGAGCCAGUGCAGCCUCUGGCGAAGGAAGAGCAUCCAUCUUUUGUCGAAGCAAUUUGGACUGUUAUCCGAAGUGAGAACCUGCAACUGGAUCGACAUGCUCGCGUGCCUUCAAAGACGAUGAUCGUGAUUAAACCUACUGCAAAAGUAGUGCCACGAUCCGACAAAGGAUCCGUUAUGCGCAAACAGACCUACGAAGUAUUUAAGGAUGAGAUCGAAGCUGCUUAUAGAUAUAGUAGUAACGGAAAGGAAGAAGGGGAUAUCAACCUAGCGUCUGAGCAGAGUCAGCUUGAGCGUGACCUAAAAUCUAUUAUUCAACGAUGUGUCCAAGAUCGAAUUGCAGAUCCGUCAUCUUGGGAUGUGAACGAUGACUUCUUUUCCAGGGGUAUGGACUCUUUAGAGGCAACUCGGCUCGCUCGAAUACUCGAAAACGUUCAGAAUAAGACAACUUUCCCAGCCCUCCUCAAUGGCCAAGUCAGCCCCCAAUUUAUCUACCAAAACCCUAGUGUCCGAGCAUUAGCAAAGGCUCUCCUAGAGGGCACCACCUCUUCCUCACCACCUGUGAACACAGCAUCUCGGACCAUACAGCUGAUGAAAGCGUUGGCUACUCAAUUUUCGUCUUCUGCUAGCUCAGUCGAUCCCUCAGAAAGGAAGUUGACCGUGCUUUUGACCGGCUCAACUGGCCAUCUUGGGGCUUAUCUACUACAGGGGUUAUUACAAGCAGCAAACGUCGAGCAGAUCAUAUGUUUCAAUCGUUCUCGAAAAGAAUAUCUCGACAAGCCUUUUUCAGUAGUGACGACAUCUACCGAACAUGAGCUUCGUUCUCUCCAACUGGAAGCCAAUAGCAGAAGUGGCAUCACUCUUGGCGAGAACUCGUGGCGUAAGAUCCGAUUCUUACCUUCCAACCACAUCGAUAAACCCAAUCUGGGGCUACCUGAAUCCGAAUAUGGUCACCUCAAGAAGACGGUUACUCAUAUCAUUCACAACGCCUGGCCCAUGGAUUUUCAGAGAACAUUGCUAUCAUUCACACCACAAAUCCGCACCGUGCACAACAUGAUUGACUUUGCGGUAGACUGCCAUUUUACUCAGCGACCUUGCUCACCAGCUCUUAACCCACAACUGUUGGUCUUGUCUUCCAUCGCAGUUUGCGCACGCAGCAAGUCAGGUCCAAUCAUUCUCGAAGCACCAAUUACCGACCCCAGCAGUCCUGCGCCUUUCGGCUAUUCACAAGCAAAAUGGGUGUGCGAGAAUGUGUUGAUUGAUGGCAUGAAUAACUUUGGGGAUAAAGUCCAGCAUACAAUCGUUCGCUUGGGCCAGCUCACGGGGACCACAGAGUCAGGCGUGUGGAAUGCAAACGAGCAUUUUCCAGCCAUGCUUAAGGCGUCUCAAAUAGUCGGAUCGCUUCCUGAUUUGACUGGUACAUACUCCUGGAUUCCAAUGGACAUUGUCGCCAAAUCCAUACUUGAAAUCCUUCUAAACAGUAGCAUUAGCAGACCUCGCAAUGCAAUAUACCACAUCGAAAACCCAAUAAGACAACCAUGGCAACCUCUUAUCUCAGCUCUUGCCGUCAAAUUGAACCUGACGAUCGAAGCGACGAGUGCCAAUCCGAUAAUACCUUUCGACACUUGGUUAGAGAAAGUCUCCAAGACGAUGGCGGCGGCGGCGGUCAAUGAUGACACUCAGCCCAAAAAAGAGGAUGAUGACCUGGAAUUCCUCAAGCAUCUUCGGACAUUUCUGGAAACGGAUUUUCGUGCUCUUUCGGGUGGAGGUGUUAUUCUUGAUACGGCUGAGGCUCGCAAGGUAUCGCGAUCUCUGCGGACAUGUAAUGGCGUCGGGCUUGAUUUGGUGGAUAAAUACAUUGCUUAUUGGCGCAAGUGCGGUUUGUUGAACUGA